UUGAUUUACACCUACAUGAGAUAUUAAAAACUUGUGUUAACGUUUUUUGUUUAGAGUUUCAGUUUUCCACCUACAAAAAAUCGUUAUUAAUUAUUUCCAAUUACGAUCUUUAUCAUUGAAUUAGUUAAAUAAUGGGCUCUUCAAAACAUAAGAAAAAGGAUAAAAAAAAACGUCAUCAUUCCAGUGAUUCUUCUGAUUCGGAAUUAUCUUCUAAACAUAAAAAAAAAAGACACCAAUCUAGUGAUUCUUCAGAUAAUGAAACUAGUGGAAAACACAAAAAACAUAAGAAACACCACAAGAAAAAAGAUAAAUCCAAGGAUAAACAAAAAUAUCAUAGUUCAGAUGAUGAUAUUAUUUUUGUUCCACCACCGCCAAAAAUUUCUCGCGAUGAAGCUCGAACUCCACCUCCUCCAAGUCUUACACCACCACCACCUCCAAAUAUUUCUUCAUCAUCAGAUAGUCUUUCUAUUGAAGAAACUAAUAAAUUACGAGCUAAAUUGGGACUUAAACCCUUGCAGGUAGAUAAUAUUGGAACCACAAAAAAUAGAGAUGAUGGAUUACAAGUUAUUGCUGGUGAUGAAGGAGAAUUUGUUCAUAAACCAGCAGCCAGUAUAACUGAAAGAAAUCGAAUUGACAAAAUCAAAACUAAAAUUGCUGAGAGAAAACAAAAACGUUUGAUUGAAUCAAAAAUGUUAAAUGUUAAAAAAUUAGCAGAUAGUGAUUCUGAAGAAGAUGCAGUUAGUUGGGUGCAAAAGACAAAAAAUAUUCAAGAAGAAAGAGAAAAGGCCAAAAAAAAGGCUCAAGAGUUAGAAGAAAUGGAUGAUGUAUUUGGUGUAGGUGAUCUUAUACAAGAGAGUACAAAGAAUGAAAUGAGUAAUUUGUACUCAAGUAAGCAUUUGAAAGGAUUAGAAGUUCAACAUUCAAUGGAUCAAUUUUUGGAGGGUAAAGAUGUAAUUUUAACAUUGCAAGAUAAAGAUGUGUUAGCUGAAGAUCCAGAUGUAUUAGUUAAUGUUAAUAUGAUUGAUGAUGAAAAUUAUAAGCUGAAUAUUGAUCGAAGAAAACAACGCUCAAAUUAUAGUGGCUAUGAUGAACUAGAAGAAAUGGAUGUAGAUAAGCCUAGUUUAGUUUUAAGCAAAUAUGAUGAAGAAAUUGAUGGGAUUCAGAAAAAGAGUUUCAAACUUGGUAUUAAUAACUAUCAGGCCAAACGCGAAACUAUAAAAGAAAAACUGAAAAAAAAUUUGAAUUUAGAUUCUUUAUCUUCCACGCAGUUGAAAUUAGCAUCUGAUUAUUACAAUGAUAGUGAAAUGAGUGUCAAAUUUAAAAAAGUUAAGAAAAAGAAACUUCGGAUUAAUCCUCUAAAAGCAGAUAAAUUAGAAAGAUCAUUAAGGCUUGCAAAUAAAAAUGGUGCCAAAGAAGAUAAUGACGACCUUGAUGAAAUUGAAGAUGUAUUAAAUGGUGAUUUAGUGGAUGUUGAGAUUAAAAUAGAAAAUGAUGAUGAAGAUGAUAUGGGCUUACAAUUAGCAUUAAAAAAAGCUAGAAAACUGAAACAAUUAGAAAUAAUUGAAAAGAAACCUGAUGUUAAAGAUUUACUUAUUAAAGAUGAGUAUGAUAACAAUAUUCAAGGCGCAAUCAUUUUAAAUUCAACUGCAGAGUUUUGUAGAACACUAGGGGAUAUACCGACUUAUGGAAAAGCUGGUAAUAGAGAAGAAGAAGAAGCUGAAGAAUUAAUGGAUUAUGAAAGGAAUAAUGUAAAACAAGAACAUUCUGGUUCUGAUGAUUCUAAUGAUGGCUGGAAAGAAGUGGAAAUGGAGAGAAAAUUAAUUGACAUGAAAAGUAUUGAUAGUAAACCUAUUUUGGAACCAGAACCAGAUUUGGGUAAAGGUGUUGCAGGAGCUUUAAGGUUGGCCAUGAGCAAAGGUUACAUUGAAAAAGAAGAAAAUGCUAGACCAUCAGCUUCUCGCUUUGCUCAUCUUCAAGCAAAAAAUUAUUCUAUUGAAGACAAAGCAUUCUUAGCCGAGGAUGAAAAAGCCAGCAGAAGAGAUAGAUAUAGUGGGCCUACAGUGGAAUUUCGUGAAAAAGAUGGAUAUAAACCUAAUAUCAAAUUGGAUUACAUUGAUGAUGAUGGUCAUUUAUUAAGUGAAAAAGAAGCAUUUCGAUAUUUAUCUCAUAAAUUUCACGGUAAAGGUCCUGGUAAAAAUAAAAUUGAAAAACGUAUUAAAAAAGCUGAACAAGAAGCACUGAUGAAAAAAAUGAGUUCAACAGAUACUCCUCUUGGUACAUUGAAUAUGUUACAAUCCAAACAAAAACAAACGCAAUCACCUUACAUUGUUUUAAGUGGUACAAAAUCAACACACCAAAGUCAUGGGGGUUCAAUUUCAAAAACUAAAAUUGGUUGAAAAUGGUUUACAAAGUUAAUCAAUCUAUAUUGUAUGUAUGUGAUAUAUUACAAUAUAUAUAUAUAUAAUUUAACUAUAAUAAACUUGUAAAAUAUAUUA